AUGAGGUUCCUGGCUAUGAGCUCUGGGCAGCCGGCAAAGGGAGCGGACAGUGUGGGUAACGCCAAAGGAGCCAGCACAGACAAUGCCACCGGCAUUCCGGGUGUGGCAGUGAACUGCCAGAACGGGGGAACUCCCAACGGCACAGAGUGUAUCUGCCCACGGGGUUGGUGGGGCUACAACUGCGAGUGCUACGACCCAGCCAAGGCCUGCCAGAACGGAGGCACAGCCAUUGGUCGACUCUGCUUCUGUCCCCCGGGAUAUGGCGGAGAGCGCUGCGACUGCAGGGACAGUUGCGAAGCCUGCCAGAAUGGAGGCACGCCAGUAGGCAUGGAAUGCACCUGCCCCCCAGGCACAGUGACCACCUCCCCCACCUCCACCCCCACCAGCACAGUCACCACCUUCUCCACCUCCACCCCCACCACCACAGCCACCACCUCCUCCACCUCCACCCCCACCACCACAGCCACCACCUCCUCCACCCCCACCAGCACAGUGACCACCUCCUCCACCUCCACCCCCACCAGCACAGCCACCACCUCGCACACCUCCACCCCCACCACCACAGCCACCACCUCCUCCACCUCCACCCGCACCAGCACAGUGACCACCUCCCCCACCUCCACCCCCACCACCACAGCCACCACCUCCUCCACGUCCACCCCCACCAGCACAGCCACCACCUCCCCCACCUCUACCUCCACCACCACAGCCACCACCUCCCCCACAUCCACCCGCACCAGCACAGUCACCACCUCCUCCACCUCCACCCCCAGCAGCACAGUGACCACCUCCUCCACCUCCACCCCCACCAGCACAGUGACCACCUCCCCCACCUCCACCCCCACCAGCACAGCCACCACCUCCUCCACCUCCACCCUCACCAGCACAGCCACCACCUCCCCCACCUCCACCUCCACCAGCACAGCCACCACCUCCUCCACCUCCACCCCCUCCAGCACAGCCACCACGUCCUCCACCUCCACCCCCUCCAGCACAGUGACCACCUCCUCCACCUCCACCCCCACCACCACAGCCACCACCUCCUCCACCCCCACCAGCACAGUGACCACCUCCCCCACCUCCACCCCCACCAGCACAGCGACCACCUCCUCCACCUCCACCCCCACCACCACAGCCACCACCUCCUCCACCUCCACCCCCACCACCACAGUGACCACCUCCCCCACCUCCACCCCCACCAGCACAGUCACCACGUCCUCCACCUCCACCCCCUCCAGCACAGUCACCACCUCCCCCACCUCCACCCCCACCAGCACAGUCACCACCUCCCCCACCACCACAGCCACCACCUCCUCCACCUCCACCCCCACCAGCCCAGUGACCACCUCCCCCACCUCCACCCCCACCACCACAGUCACCACCUCCUCCAUCUCCACCCCCUCCAGCACAGCCACCACCUCCUCCACCUCCACCCCCACAGCCACCACCUCCUCCACCUCCACCCCCACCAGCACAGUGACCACCUCCCCGACCUCCACCCCCACCAGCACAGCCACCACCUCCUCCACCUCCACCCCCACCAGCACAGCCACCACCUCCUCCACCUCCACCCCCACCAGCACAGCCACCACCUCCUCCACCUCCACCCCCACCACCACAGCCACCACCUUCUCCACCUCCACCCCCACCACCACAGCCACCACCUCCUCCACCCCCACCAGCACAGUGACCACCUCCCCCACCUCCACCCCCACCACCACAGCCACCACCUCCUCCACCUCUAACCCCUCCACCACAGCCACCACCUCCUCCACCUCCACCCCCUCCACCACAGCCACCACCUCCUCCACCUCCACCCCCUCCAGCACAGCCACCACCUCCUCCACCUCCAGCCCCACCACCACAGUGACCACCUCCCCCACCUCCACCCACACCAGCACAGUCACCACCUCCUCCACCUCCACCCCCUCCAGCACAGCCACCACCUCCCACACCUCCACCCCCACUAGCACAGUGACCACAUCCUCCACCUCCACCCCCACAACCACAGUCACCACCUCCCACACCUCCACCCCCACCAGCACAACCACCACAGCCACCACCUCCUCCACCUCCACCCCCACCAGCACAGUGACCACCUCCCCCACCUCCACCCCCACCACCACAGCCACCACCUCUGCCACCACCUCCCCCACCUCCACCCUCACCAGCACAGCGACCACCUCCCCCACCUCCACCCCCACCAGCACAGUGACCACCUACCCUACCUCCACCCCCACCACCACUGCCACCACCUCCUCCACCUCCACCCCCACCACCACAGUGACCACCUCCCCCACCUCCACCCCCACCAGCACAGCCACCACCUCCCCCACCUCCACCCCCACCACCACAGCCACCACCUCCCCCACCUCCACCACCACCAGCACAGCGACCACCUCCUCCACCUCCACCCCCACCACCACAGCCACCACCUCCCCCACCUCCACCACCACCAGCACAGCGACCACCUCCCCCACCUCCACCACCACCAGCACAGCCACCACCUCCUCCACCUCCACCCGUACCAGCACAGUGACCACCACCCCCACCUCCACCUCCACCUCCACCAGCACAGCCACCACCUCCCCCACCUCCACCCCCACCAGCACAGUGACCACCUACCCCACCUCCACCCCCACCAGCACAGUGACCACCUCCCCCACCUCCACCCCCACCACCACUGCCACCACCUCCCCCACCUCCACCCCCCCCAGCACAGCGACCACCUCCUCCACCUCCACCCCCACCAGCACAGUGACCACCUCCCCCACCUCCAACCCCACCAGCACAGUGACCACCUCCCCCACCUCCACCCCCACCCCCACCACCACAGCCACCACCUCCACCCCCACCACCCCCACCACCACAGCCACCACCUCCUCCACCUCCUCCCCCACCACCACAGCCACCACCUCCCCCACCUCCACCCCCACCAGCACAGUGACCACCUACCCUACCUCCACCCCCACCACCACUGCCACCACCUCCUCCACCUCCACCCCCACCACCACAGUUACCACCUCUCCCACCUCUAGCCCCACCACCACAGCCACCACCUCUCCCACCUCCAGCCCCACCACCACAGCCACCACCUCCUCCACCUCCACCCCCAAUACCACAGCCACCACCUCCUCCACCUCCACCCCCACCACCACAGCCACCACCUCCUCCACCUCCACCCCCACCACCACAGCCACCACCUCCUCCACCUCCACCCCCACCACCACAGCCACCACCUCCUCCACCUCCACCCCCACCAGCACAGUCACCACCUCCCCCACCUCCACCUCCAGCUCCACCAGCACAGCCACCACCUCCUCCACCUCCACCCCCACCAGCACAGUGACCACCUCCCCCACCUCCACCUCCACCCCCACCAGCACAGCGACCACCUCCUCCACCUCCACCCCCACCAGCACAGGGACCACCUCCUCCACCUCCACACCCACGAGCACAGUGACCACCUCCCACACCUUCACCCCCACCACCACAGCCACCACCUCCUCCACCUCCACCACCACCACCACAGCCACCACCUCCUCCACCUCCACCACCACAGCCACCACCUCCUCCACCCCCACCCCCACCAGCACAGUGACCACCUCCCCCACCUCCACUCCCCCCACCACCACAGCCACCACCUCCUCCACCCCCACCAGCACAGUAACCACCUCCCCCACCUCCACCCCCAACAGCACAGUGACCACCUCCUCCACCUCCACUCCCACCAGCACAGCCACCACCUCCUCCACUUCCACCCCCACCACCACAGCCACCACCUCCUCCACCUCCACCCCCACCUCCACCCCCACCACCACAGCCACCACCUCCUCCAACCCCACCCCCACCAGCACAGCCACCACCUCCUCCACUUCCACCCCCACCACCACAGCCACCACCUCCUCCACCUCCACCCCCACCUCCACCCCCACCAGCACAGUAACCACCUCCCCCACCUCCACCCCCACCAGCACAGCCACCACCUCCUCCACCUCCACCCCCACCACCACAGCCACCACCUCCUCCACCUCCACCCCCAGCACCACAGCCACCACCUUCUCCACCUCCACCCCCUCCAGCACAGCCACCACCUCCCACACCUCCACCCCCACUAGCACAGUGACCACGUCCUCCACCCCCACCACCACAGUCACCACGUCCCACACCUCCACCCCCACCACCACAGCCACCACCUCCUCCACCUCCACCCCCACCAUCACAGCCACCACCUCCUCCACCUCCACCCACACCAGCACAGUCACCACCUCCUCCACCUCCACCCCCACCACCACAGCCACCACCUCCUCCACCUCCACCCCCACCAGCACAGUCACCACCUCCCCCACCUCCACCCCCAGCAGCACAGUGACCACCUCCUCCACCUCCACCCCCACCACCACAGCCACCACCUUCUCCACCUCCACCCCCACCAGCACAGUGACCACCUCCCCCACCUCCACCUCCAGCUCCACCAGCACAGCCACCACCUCCUCCACCUCCACCCCCACCAGCACAGCCACCACCUCGCACACCUCCACCCCCACCAGCACAGUGACCACCUCCCCCACCUCCACUCCCACCACCACAGCCACCACCUCUUCCACUUCCACCCCCACCACCACAGCCACCACCUCCUCCAACCCCACCCCCACCAGCACAGCCACCACCUCCUCCACCUCCACCCCCACCACCACAGCCACCACCUCCUCCACCUCCACCCCCACCACCACAGCCACCACCUCCUCCACCCCCACCAGCACAGUGACCACCUCCCCCACCUCCACCCCCACCAGCACAGUGACCACCUCCUCCACCUCCACUCCCACCAGCACAGCCACCACCUCCUCCACUUCCACCCCCACCCCCACAGCCACCACCUCCUCCACCGCCACCCCAACCAGCACAGUGACCACCUCCCCCACCUCCACCCCCACCACCACAGCCACCACCUCCUCCACCUCCACCCCCACCACCACAGCCACCACCUCCUCCACCUCCACCCCCACCACCACAGCCACCACCUCCUCCACUCCCACCACCACAGUGACCACCUCCCCCACCUCCACCCCCACCAGCACAUUGACCACCUCCUCCACCUCCACUCCCACCAGCACAGCCACCACCUCCUCCACUUCCACCCCCACCACCACAGCCACCACCUCCUCCACCUCCACCCCCACCUCCACCCCCACCACCACAGCCACCACCUCCUCCAACCCCACCCCCACCAGCACAGCCACCACCUCCUCCACCCCCACCACCACAGCCACCACCUCCUCCACCUCCACCCCCACCACCACAGCCACCACCUUCUCCACCUCCACCCCCACCAGCACAGUCACCACCUUCUCCACCUCCACCCCCACCAGCACAGUGACCACCUCCCCCUCCUACACCCCCACCAGCACAGUCACCACCUCCUCCACCUCCACUCCCAGCAGCACAGCCACCACCUCCUCCACCUCCACCCCCUCCAGCACAGCCACCACCUCCCACACCUCCACCCCCACCAGCACAGUGACCACCUCCCCCACCUCCAGCUCCACCAGCACAGCCACCACUUCCUCCACCUCCACUCCCACCACCACAGCCACCACCUCUUCCACUUCCACCCCCACCACCACAGCCACCACCUCCUCCACCUCCACCCCCACCUCCACCCCCACCACCACAGCCACCACCUCCUCCACCCCCACCCUCUCCAGCACAGCCACCACCUCCUCCACCUCCACCCCCACCACCACAGGCACCACCUCCUCCACCUCCUCCCCCACCAGCACAGUAACCACGUCCUCCACCUCCACCCCCACCACCACAGCCACCACCUCCUCCACCUCCACCCCCACCACCACAGCCACCACCUUCUCCACCUCCACCCCCACCAGCACAGUG